AUGGCUAGAGGCAGGAAGUGGGGAACGGCUGCAACGGCUGCAAGGAACCGUGAGCGCGAUGGAGACUUCGACCCCCCGCCCCCCAAGAGAGGUCCCCCAAAGAAGCCUACAAGCACAAGCCCACGCAAGGGUCGAAAGGCUCAACAACAUAACACCGUCGACGAGGGUGUUGCUGCUACCCCUGACGAUACUGGCUCACAAGCACAAGCUCAAGCACAGAACGACGACAGCACCUACGAUUCUUCUCCGCGCAACGAGACCUCUCAAACCACCCCCUUAGCGACACUUGCUCGCCAAAACGCUGCACGAAGUACGCGAAACAACAAGAACUUUCUUGAUCCGAGUUCGGGCGGUUUGGUGGCAGAGCAAGCAAGCAGUUCUUACGCUGGGCCGAGUUCCAAUACACAGUCUAAGGUCGUUGUUCUGAAAGUUCCUGCGCACAAGCUGCGGGAGAUUGUAGAAGCGCAUGCAGCCCCAGAGAGGAAAGUGACUCUGAAAGUUUCACCGGAGAAGCUGCGGAAGUUGUUGCAAGAGACCGGUGAAGGGAAUCUUGAAUCGGAAGCGGCAAAGCAGCCGGAAACACCUCAGGGAGGAGAAUCGGCAGGAAUGGCUCCCGUCAAAGACAAAAAUCCACACGAUGUGCUCGAUGGUGAGUCAAUUUUGACCAAGGAGGAUUUUUACCAGUACCAUGAUAUUGAUCACACAGGGCCAGAUCAUUUCAAAAAUGUCAUCCAGAAUCUCUACGAUAUUGGCAGCAUUACUCAUGGCUAUCUACCCGAGUCUCACGAUCCCCUGUUCAAUAAAAACAUCGAUUUCGUCCGAUCUCUCGCCGCACUUUCCAACCUCACCGCAGAUAAUUCUACCCACCCCGCCGCUCCCACCAUCCGGGAAAUUCUCAUCCCACCCGAAGUCAUCGACUACGUCGCCAACGGCCGUAAUCCUGACAUCUACACGCGCGAAUUCGUCGAGAACGUCCAACGCGGCAACCAAGUGCUCAACGGCAAGAUGCAGGCGUUUGGCACAUUCGCCGAGUUGUACGCCCGAGAGACCAAGAGUGCGAUACCGGAGCUGGCGCCUGCGAUGGAUCGUCUGAUGGAGCAUUCAGGAGGGUAUGAAAGGGAAAACGGGACGGGAGAUUGGAAGAUGAAGAAAACACAAGCAAACGGGUCUUGA